UCUGUCGAUUAUAGUCUUUUUCGACUACUGUUUUUACGACAUAAAUACUUGUCGAUUAUGUCUGUCGAUUAAGAUCCAAGUUUUGGUCUUGCAUGCCUGGGAAGGUGAAUAUGACUUAUGAGAAUGAUCAAGACUUAAUGAUUUGCUUUUAUAAAUUUGUCGCAAAUGAGGAGAUGGCCUGUGACGAAGCUGAACUUGGACCAGAUGAAUUUGCUGAAAGACUGCGUACUCAAGAAAAUUUACAGGAGCAGGUAUUAUCUAUUCUGAAUUUUGAAAAAGAUUGGAAACGCAUAUUGCUUAAAUUCAGAAGGCAGCGGUUUUGUCAUCUGAGCAAAUUCAGGAGGUGGUUUGAAGGAGGGUAUCUCCUUUAUUUACACCGAGGGGAUACCCUAGCCGUCAUAUGUAGACAGACAGCAACUUCCCUCACGCAAAACACGUCGAAUCUCACAGAGCCCAAUCCUCUGGACAAGGUUCAGAAUGGUGGGUACUACUUUGACCUUCAAUUUAGGCAGCGAGGAACCAAGUUCAAUCCAGGGAAAAAUGUGGGGCUUGGGAAGGACUAUACCAUCUUCUCCUUGAUUGAUGGUCUCAUGAAAUUUGAGAAGAUUGGACCCUACAAGAAGAAGGUAAGUGUUUACCCAAGAGAUCGAGGUACAGCCUGAGAACCACAACAGCUAUAGAGCAAGGAGAAAAGAGUACUUCAGGAUGCUCCGAGAGCGAAGGAAGUCAAAACAGGAAGGCAUUGUCCCUCAACCAGAAUUAGUACUUGCUUCAGCAGCUGAUGCCACGGAUGAGAGUACAAUUUGCUAAACUGACUAUCUGCUUUUUCUUCCUUUACAUUGUACCAAAAUGAGGCUGUCAAGUCAAUAUUUUUUCAUUGUAAUCAAAAUACACUAGAUAUCAGGUU